AUGGAAGCAGCUCUGUUGGCCAUAGAUGAUAAGAGACUGGCGCUAGAAGAGCGCAUCGCCCUUUUGGAGGAUCCAGUGAAGCUGGAAGAGAAGAUAAUUAUUAGCGACAACUGGGCGAGGACAGUUGAGAAGACAAUAACGCUGAUGCUGGAGAACAGGGCCAUUGAAACCAAGGAGCAUGAUGAGAUGAAGAAGGAGAAUGACGCUCUGAAGAUGGAGAACAAGCUUCUGAAGGAAACGAUUGAAGAACUUUCGGCCGGGAAGGAGGAAGAAGAUCCUCAAGAGAGGCUCAUGCUCAACUCUGAUGGUGAAGUAGAGCCAGUUGCGGAAGAGAAGAAGAAGAAGAAGAGGAAGACUAGCCAGGAGUCCUACCCCUUAGCCUGCAUUGGAGCUAUCAAGAGACCUGAUGACUGGCUGCGCUCUGUCAGCAAGGACUUAGUCACCUGUGACUGCACGGAGGCUGAGAAGAUUAGGUUCACUGCUCACCUGCUGGAAGGACCUGCUGCGAUGUGGUGGGAGACUUAUCAACUCACCCAUCCUCUAGAUGACCUGGAUUGGGAAACCUUCAGGAGGGAUUCCGGAGGGAGAACUCUGAAGGAGUACAUGGAUGACUUCUGUAACUUGGCAAGGUAUGCCCCUGAGGACAUUGACACUGAUGCUAAGAGGAAGGAGAAGUUCCUCAAUGGACUUAAAGGUGAACUGAAGAUUCCCUUGACUGUAGCUUACGCCCCCAGUUACCAGUCCCUACUUGAUCAAGCCAUCGCCCUGGACAAUAAUAUCAAGAAGGAGGAGAACCGUAAGAGGAAGUUUGGCAAUAAGAGUCACACUGAGCCGUUCCACAAGAAGCACCAUUCUUCUGAUGGAAGUGGGAGUCACAGCUCACACAGGCAUAACAGUCAUUUCAGCAAGGGGAAUGGCAACAAUUUCAAUGGUCACAAGUUCAAUGGAGGAUUCAGGGGAAAUCAUUCAAAUGGGAAUCACGGUGGAAACAAUGGUCGUCAUAAUGGAGGUAACGCCCACCCCAAUGGAAAUAAUGGCCAGCACCGACACAAUUCAAGGGACUUGUCUACUAUCACAUGCUACAAGUGUAAGAAGCCUGGACACUAUUCCACUGAAUGUCCAGAGAAUAAGCCUGUUGAUGCCACCAAGUCAAAUACAUUCCAGAAGGGACAUGCGAACCAUCUCAAUGUGGAGGAAGUGAUGAAUGAACCUGACGCUGUGAUGGGUAUGUUUCCACUCAACUCAUUUACGGCAUUGGUUUUAUUUGAUACUGGUGCAUCACAUUCAUUCAUAUCAAGAGCUUUUGUGAAUAAAAAUGGAUUACCCACCGAAACAAUAGGAAAAACAAUUAAAGUAAGUUCUCCUGGUGGAGAGAUGAUAGUCAAUUCGGGAUGCCGAAGUUUGGUGUUAGAAAUUGGCCCCUAUAAAUUCCUCGCUCACUUAGUAAUCCUAGAAUCACAAGGAUUGGAUGUUAUUUUGGGAAUGGACUGGAUGACAACCUAUGGAGGAGUCAUAGAUUGUGUCAGUAAAUCAAUCACUCUCACAACCCCCGAGGGAAAAAGAAUUAGGUACAGAUCCCAAUUGGACUUUGGUAAAAUAAGGCUAGACAAUCUUAAGGGGGUUAGCCUAGACCAAGUACGCAUAGUCAAGGAAUACCCUGAUGUUUUCCCUGAUGAGCUACCAGGAAUGCCUCCUGAUAGAGAUGUGGAAUUCCUUAUAGAACUGCUUCCGGGCACAUGCCCUAUAGCAAAGAGACCUUAUCCUAUGUCUACUGAUGAGCUGAAGGAGCUCAAGAAACAGCUGAAGGAGCAGUUAGGAAAGGGUUUCAUUAGGGAGAGUUCGUCGCCGUGGGGAGCGCCAGUUCUGUUUGUAGAGAAGAAGGACAAGAGCCAGCGCUUGGUUAUGGAUUACCGUUCGCUAAAUGAAGUUACCAUCAAGAACAAAUACCCCCUACCCAGAAUCAAUGACCUAUUUGAUCGGUUGGUUGGAGCUAGUGUCUUUUCCAAGAUCGACCUUCGGUCUGGAUAUUUUCAGCUCAAGAUCAGGGAGCAUGAUAUCCCCAAGACAGCCUUUGUCACUAGAUAUGGUUCGUAUGAGUAUACGGUGAUGCCUUUUGGCUUAACCAAUGCUCCCUCACACUUCAUGAAUAUGAUGAACAAGGUGUUCAUGGAAUUCCUCGACAAGUUUGUCGUAGUCUUCAUUGACGACAUACUUAUCUAUUCCAAAAGCGAAGAGGAACAUGAGAAACACCUUCGCCUAAUAUUGGAGAAACUCCGAGAACAUCAGCUAUAUGCCAAGUUUAGUAAAUGCGAAUUUUGGCUCAGUGAAGUAGGAUUUCUUGGACACAUCAUAUCCAAGGAAGGGAUUGUUGUUGAUCCAUCCAAGGUUGCAGCUGUGACAGAAUGGGAAGCGCCCAAGAAUGUCGGAGAAAUUCAUAGCUUCCUGGGAUUAGCAGGCUACUAUAGGAGAUUCAUUGAGAAUUUCUCCAAGAUAGCAAAACCGAUGACUGAGUUGCUAAAGAAAGAGAAGAAGUUUACUUGGACUGAAGCAUGUGAAGCCAGUUUUCAGGAAUUGAAGAAGAGACUUGUGUCAGCACCAAUUCUAUGUUUACCAGAUCUUGAGAAGGAGUUCCAAGUGUACUGUGACGCUUCUCAUCAAGGGCUUGGAAGUGUGUUGAUGCAGGAAGGCAAGGUAGCAGCUUAUGCUUCUAGGCAACUCAAGAAACACGAAAUUAAUUACCCCACACAUGAUAUAGAGUUAGCUUCAGUAGUUCAUGCACUGAAGACCUGGAGACACUAUUUGAUGGGGAAACGAUGUGAGGUGUUCACCGACCACAAGAGUUUGAAUUGGGAUGAAAGUUUACCGUAUGCGGAGUUCUCCUACAACAAUAGCUACCAAGCUAGCAUAGAGAUGUCCCCAUUUGAAGCUCUGUAUGGAAGGAAGUGUACCAUGCCCCUACUAUGGAGUGGAGUAGGAGAAAGGAGUUUCUUUGGACCAGAUAUUAUCCAAGAGGCCGAAGAGAAGGUUAGACUGAUCAAGGAUAGAUUGAAGGUAGCACAGUCUAGACAGAAUAGCUAUGCUGACAAUAAGCGUAGAGAUGUCUCAUAUGAAAUAGGAGAUAGAGUUUAUCUCAGAGUAUCACCUCUUCGAGGAGUCAAGAGAUUUGGAAUCAAGGGAAAGUUAGCCCCAAGAUUCAUCGGACCGUUCAAGAUCUUAUCUCGCAAAGGAGAAGUAGCUUAUGAGAUUGAAUUGCCAGAGAUUCUUUCAGCAGCUCAUAAUGUGUUCCAUGUCAGUCAGCUGAAGAAAUGUCACCCUGAGAUGUCAGAAAUGCCAUUGAAGGAUACAGUACCGCUCGAGGAAGUUCAACUGGAAAGUGACUUGACGUAUGAGGAGAAACCCAUCAAGAUCUUGGAGAGAGCCGAAAGGAAUACCCGCACUAAGACUAUCAAGUUCUGCAAGGUUCAAUGGAGUCACCAUACCGAGGAAGAAGCAACUUAG